AAAAUAAUGCAGAAUGAAAUUGUUGGACUUAAAUACCGAUUGUUUACUGAACAUAUUCAGUUACUGUGAUGAAAAGGAUUUGAUAAAUUUGUGUCGUGCCCAUUGGCUGCUUAAUAAUGUCAUCGACAACAACAUAUUCCAGAAACAAUCACUAGAUCUGCUAAUGUGUGGACAUCGUGAUAGGCCAGCCAUAAUAAAGCGCACACAUUCGUAUUUGUCCUUUGCCAAUCGCUUGAAAAUAGCUGCAAAUUGGCUAAAUGGCUGUUAUCGGGAGCAACAUUAUUUUCAUCGCUCCAAAAUGUUUGCCACCAAAUUGCAUUUGGAGCGCAAUUGGCUAUAUGUUUCCUAUGCCAGUUAUCUAAGUCAAUACAAACGCCUAAAGGCGGAGGCUUUACAGCGGCGUUAUCAUCAGGAAAUUACUACCGGCAACAAGGCUGACAUAGGAGACUUUGUUAAAAAGAACGAUAGCAUAUUUGUGGGCCGUGUUACGGGCAGUUGUUUUAUUUAUGAAGAUGGCUAUGCCACAGAACAGCAGUUGCAUUUGCCCAAAGAGUAUUUAAGGUGUGUGGACUUUGCUGGCCAAAUGUAUGCCACCAGCACUGAUAAAGGCGGUAAAAUUUGGCGCCGUGAAGAGGAGCUGGGCUUGAUAAAUUUGGAUUUGAUGAAAAACUUAAAAGAAUCGUAUAAAACUAUGCGUUUUAAUGACUCGGGAGAUAAACUGUUUGGUGGACUUUACACUUCAAUCAAGAGAUGUGCCUUGAGAGAAAUUGAUUUGGUUAGUGGUUACGAGCAUGCUCUCAAUUCCAAUACCAUCUCGAUUUACGAUCUCAAACUGAAGGAUGAUAAUGUUCUGUUCACCGCCAAUUUUGAUACCAGUUUUCGUCUUUACGAUCGUCGUUCCGAUCGUGAUGAAAUGAUUUGGGAAGACCCAUUUGAUUCAUCGUUUUACUGCCUGGAAUAUGAUGGUCUCAAUGCAGUAUUAUGCGGCACCAAAUACCACAGUCGUGUUAAUCUCUACGACAUACGCAAACCUGGCAAACACAUGCAACUGUAUUUCCCCCAGGUGCAAAGUAGACAAAGAGGAGAUUUCAAAUCAUCGCCGGUCUAUAGUUUGGUGUGUGAUAGUCGUUAUCUGUUUGUGGCCACCGAUCGUAAUGUGCAUGUACUUGAUUUUAAAGUAGACUGUGCUGUUAGAAAAGAUUAUCGUGAUAUAUUUCGACAAAUGCAUCGUAUUAAAAUUUCAUAAUAUGUUAAUUGGAUUGAAAAGAAAUUCAUUUCAAAUUAAAAUUUAUUUAAGUUUACAGUUCAGUUGUAUAAAAAAGAAGUCAGCCCAAUAAAUUAAACAGGUGACGAAGUAACGCAUUCGAUAUGCAGUAAAUUUGAAUGUAAAUUUAAAAAAUGUUUGUUCUUGCGUAUUUGUCAUGUACUUUUAAUUAAAAAGAUCUAGACUUUUAAUGUUUUUUUUUUGUUUUAUUGUUUAAAGAAAAUUAUUUUAUUUUUAUUUUUCCAUCGUUUUUUUAUACCUUUUUUUUUGUUUUGCCAAAAUAAAUCUCAAUAAAUUUAAUUG